UGGAUUAUCUGGACUCGUACGGACAAAGAAGCUGGGAUUUCAUGUAAGAGUUGAGAAUGAGUCUGGAACUACCCAUCACCACAGGAUCAUUUUUACAGUGGAGAUGUCAACCUCCGGUCCUCAAAGGCCACUGUCCUGCAGAGUUUAGAUGUUUCGCUGCUCCAACAUCCCUGAAAGAAAUUAAAUGGCUCCAAUGACCCAUCAACUUGAAUCAGAGGAUAUCGUUCAGGUUUUUGAUGAUUUCCUCCAAGAUUUUUCUGCUUUGGCUGUGCUCAUUGCAUUACUUCUUUUAGUCAUCACAUAUAAAUGGAAACAAAACGAGAAAAAAAAAAGCAGGAAACAAGAUGGAGACAAGUGCAAGACAGAAGACAAAGAAGAUAAGAGUGAUGCAUCUGAAGACCAAAAAUCUGAUGUCCAGCAGCUCCAUCAUGAAAAUAAUAGGAAGACAAAUGGUGUGCAGACCAAGGAAACACAUAUCAACAAGCAUGAAGCCAAACUAGCUGAAGUCCAGCAGCAGCUGAAGGAUGAGCAGCAGAGGAGGCAGGAAGCUGAGGAAAACCUGCAGGACCUGAGACUGCAGCUGGAGACCAAAACCCAAGAGGCAGUGAAAGACACCAUUGAAGCAAUGCGAGAGAGUUAUCCAUUAGUGAAGCAUUUGAUCGCCAUGAUGAGGAUACAAAAACUGGAAGACCAGACAGAAAAACAUGACCGUAACAAGGAAAAGGACCGGAAACAGCAUGAAGCCAAACUCGCUGAAGUCCAGCAGCAGCUAAAGGAUGAGCAGCAGAAGAGGAAGAAGGCUGAGGAAAACCUGAAGCUGCAGCUGGAGACCAAGAACCACAAGGCAAAGGACAUCAUUCAAGGAAUGCAAAACAGUUAUCCAUCAAUGAAGCAUGAGAUCGCCAUGAAGAUUAUAGAGAAACAUGAAGCCAAACUCGCUGAAGUCCAGCAGCAGCUAAAAGGCGAGCAGCAGAAGAGGAAGAAGGCUGAGGAAAACCUGAAGCUGCAGCUGGAAACCAAGAACCAAGAGGCUCAUUUCUUCUCUAACUGUGACGACACACCACCUGAAACUCCAACAUGGACUCUGAAGAUUCCGAUGUCCACUAUGUUGGAAAAUUUAUCAAAUGAUAUCGAUGUCAUCAGUGAGGAGAUGGAAAGGAUGAAAGGCAAGGAGCAUGAGCUAAAAACGAAGCUGGAAACCCAAAAUAAGCAGCUGCAGAACAACCAGCAGACUGACAGGUCGCUAAACUUCGAGGAGCUGAAGAACACCCAGAUAUUACUAGAGAGUCAGAUGGCUGAGAACAGGAACCUGCAAAAACAGUACGAAGCCAAACUAGCUGAAGUCCAGCAGCAGCUAAAGGAUGAGCAGCAGAAGAGGAAGAAGGCUGAGGAAAACCUGCAGGACCAGAAGCUGCAGCUGGAGAACAAGAACCAAAAGAACAACCAGCCGACUGACAAAUCUCUAAACUUCGAAGAGCUGAAGAAGACCCAGAUAUUACUGGAGCGUCGGAUGGCUGAGAACAGGGACCUACAAAAACAGAAAUCAGCGGUCCAGCAGCAGCUAAAAGAGGAGGAGCAGAAGAGGGAGGAUGCAGAGAAAAAUGUGCAGACCCUAAAGGAGGCCCUAGAAAACAAGUACAAAGAGAUACACGAGUACACGAGUCAGCUGGAGUCUAAGGAGAGACAACUGGAUGAACUAAAAGACAGAUACAAGGAGGAGUUCAGACAGAAGAUCCAGGAUGAGCAGCAGCUGAAGAGGAAGGUGGAGGGAGAGGUGGAGAUCUUGAAGGAGCAGCUGAAGAACGAGCAGACAGAGGUGAAGACGAUCCAAAGAGAUGAUGAUGAUGAUGAUGAUUUUGAUGAUGAUGAUGUUGAUGUUCAUGAUGAUGAUGAUGAUGAUGAUGAUGAGCAACCUGAGCAAGAAUCUGACGUCUCUGGAGAAAAACUCUUGAUCCAGGGAUUGCAAAAUGAAGAAUAAGAAGUAGAUGUUUGACCGUGCUCAACAAGUUAUUAUUUAAAACGUCUUUUAUUUGGUUUUACAUUAAAAAACAAGCUUAAGAAUUUUAAUCCUGGAAAUCCUAGAAAUCCUGGAGCUUUUGUUCAGUUUGGACAGUGAAUAUAGGUCAAGUUUCCAUCAUUAUAUGCAAAAUACUGAUUUUAAUACAUUUUUUAAUGCAGUUUUUCAGUUUCAUUUCUUAAGUUUCUAAUUGUUUUCAUUAUAAACUCGAAAUGUCUGUUAUGUUUGCUGUAUUCAUUAUUGUUUAUUCUGUUUUAUUACAUACAGGAAUAUA